AUGUCUGAGCCUUAUGAAGAGUUAAUGAGUAUGUUCAAAAAAGCUGAUGAAGUAAUAUGUUCAUUAUACACACUUAAAACUUCAAAAGAAGAAGAUCUCGACAAAUUAUACCAAAGUAUUAAAACCGAAUUAAUUGAAACAAAGUACUUUACUUUCAAAGAUGUAGCCACAUGUUUAGUUGAUAAUUUCAACCACAGAUGCCAUUUUUUGUUAUCUUAUUUCUAUAUUUUCAAAAAAUUUUACGAAGAAUAUCAACCAAAGUUAGAUAAUGAGAAAUUGAAUAUUAGUGAUUUCUUGGAGUUUAAAGACAAUCAGUAUUUCAUCAAAGAGAAUAUAUUAAAUCUUUACACACAAAAAUCAAUUUAUAAUGCAAUUAUCAAUGACAAUAAACUUGAAUUUAUCCCAUACACAGAAGCAGAAGGUUUUGAUCCAAAUCAAAGGCUUGGAGAUAAUUUUCCAAUUAAAAAAUGUAAGUGGUUUUCAAUCCUUGAAUUUUGUUGUAACUGUGGUGCUGUUGAUUGCUUUAAGAUUUUAAUAUCAAAAUUCAACACUGUUAAUAUUACGUCUACAUGUGUUUUCUACUCGUUUUUAGGUGGAAAUGCUGAUAUUAUGAAUGAAUGUUUUAAAAAGCGAAGUCCUGAUAAAGAUAGAGAUACAAUGAGCUAUGCAAUUAUCUCACACAACAUUGAUUUUAUUACUUUUAUGAUGGACGAAUACAACAGAGAAAUUUUACUAUCUACAAGUUGUAAACAUUAUAAUCUCCAUGCUUUCUUCAUUUAUUUGGAUCGAACAAAAGAUUUUGAAACUUGUCUUGAAUACGCCACUUAUUUUAAUAUUCCAAAACUAUGUGAGUAUCUCAUCACUCAUGGUGCUGAUGUUAAAAGCCCUAAUGGAGCAACAGCAUUCUAUAAUGCCAUUCUUAUGGACCAUAAGGAUGUAGUAGAUCUUUUGAGAUCUCAUGGUGCAGAUAUCAAUUUAAAGUUCAAUCAGUUUGGUCAAUCUUAUCUGUUAAUUGCAGUUAGAGAGAAUAAUCUACAAAAUGUAGAAGCAUUACUUUCAUAUGGAGCUGAUAUCAAUACAACGGAUUAUAGCGGACUAUCAGUAAUUCAUUAUGCAACUAUGAAUAACUACACUGAACUCCUUAAUUAUCUUGUUACUAGUGGUGUUGAUGUUAAUAUAACUGAUAACCAGAAUCAAACUGCUCUUCAUAUUGCAGUACUAAAUACUCAAUAUGAAAAUUGCAAAAUUCUUUUGGAGCAUGGAGCAAGGGCUGAUAUUGCGAAUAACAGAGGAGAAACUGCACUUGAUAUUGCAGUAAAGAAUUGUUAUACAAAAAUUGCCGAACUUAUUACAUCCUACUCAAAAGAAGAUUAA